AUGUCUUCAUCACACGCUAGCCUCAGCGCUGCUUCGGACGACCGAAAAGCCAGGCUCGCAAAGCUCAAGAACCUCAAGCGCAAACAACCAGCAGAUGAAAUCGUUGCGCCUGAAUCAGAGCGAGCCGCAUCCCCUCCCACAGAGCCAGAUGUAUCGCGGUUACAUUUGUCUGGCCGCAACUACGAUCCCGAGACAAGAGGUCCUAAACUAGGCUUCGAACAAGACCCAAGCCUCAGUCUCGAAAACCCGACCCUUGAAGAACAGGCUGCCGAAGUCGAGGCCGAGAUUAAACAAAAGGCGGCAGAGGAGGCUCAGGACGAUAAGGGUGUCGAUCUAUUCAAACUACAACCGAAGAAGCCAAACUGGGAUUUGAAGAGGGAACUCGAUACGAAGAUGGAAGUCCUCAACGUCCGAACAGACAACGCCAUUGCGCGCUUGGUACGCGAUCGCAUUACCGGUGCACAAAAAGCGGCCAAAAAGGACAGAGCAGUCGACGAUGCUCAAGGCACUGGUGAGGCGACUGGUAUGGAUGGUGUGGCGCUGGUGGAAGGUUUAAGAGUCAGGGAAAAGGAGGAUGAGGAUGAAGAGCGUCGCGAAAGGGAGGAGGAAGCUGCGCUCGGCGCAUAA